UCGGGUUGGUUUGUCCGUAAUACAUAUUUUCCAAAGAGGCCCUUCUUUCUUCCAAAAUUACGUCGAACACUCUCUUUGCGUCGCCGCCGCACCCUUUUAUGGGCAAGCGGCUCCCGGAGCCGAAGAGCUUGGAGGACGUCGCCCGCUACGCCGCCGACAGGAUCCGGAGGACCAGAGUCGCCAAGCCCCCCCUUAGGCCUGCGGCGUGGAACAAGGAGACGACGUCGGCAUCCGUGAUGAACUUGGCGGACCUGCCGGAGGCCAGCGUCCCCCUGAAGGAGGUGGUGGCGGACUGCGCCCGGCGCUGGUUCCAGGAUGCGCUUAAGGAAGCCAGGUCCGGAGAUGUGUCGAUGCAGAUCCUUGUCGCUCAGAUGUACCAUAGCGGAUAUGGGGUGGCCAAGAACGAGCAAAAGGCAAAUGUGUGGAUUACAAAAGCCUCCAGAUAUCGGUCAGCAGUUUGGAAGGUCAGCGACAAACAUCCAGGUUACAAUGCUAGUGAUUCUGAUUCUGAUGAAGAGAAAAAUUAAGCUGGUCAUGAUCAGGGUUUGCUUUGUCCAAGGUCAGUUCAUGUUUGGCGACUGCAUUCUUAGAUUUUUCUGUUUUGUUCGGAAGAUCCACUGUGUAUCAAUCAACAAAGUUUCCAUGAGUUACUGAAGCUUUAUGCAAUCCAUGACUAGUGAUCCAGAAUGUGUUUCAGGUCUUUUCGGCUAGAUGCCGCUUUUGUUACUAAGAAUUGUUUGAUGUUUCUACUUUUGUGAAUGUUUAGAGUUGUCAACCUUCACUCUAAAGAAAACAUUUUUGAAUGAAAUUUCUUGAUAAGUAAAUA